AGAUGUUGCAGUGCGGAUCUCUUGCGGUGCAGACGCUGUGAAGGACGAAGGAAGCACGUUCCUCCCGUCCAUGAGAAUCCAGCCUUCCUCACCUCGACAUUGAACAUUGCUCCAUCUCCUCUCACUCUCGUUGCUCUUCAUUCAUCCACAUCAUCCUGCUCCACAGCUCUCCUCUCCUCUCCUCUCCCCUCCCAUCUCUCCUCCCCCUGCGUCGAAUCUCGUCGAGCCGUCGGCACAUACAUCCCUCUCAGCGCCGCCAUGGUGUCCGCCCGCCUCCUUGUAGGCAUCGUUGCUGCGCUCAUGGCGCACCUGGGAACCGCACAGAACUCUGACACCGCGGCCUCCGGCGACACCGAUACUCUCUCUCCGUCCGAGACAGAGCCCGAGCCUCAGCCACCACACAACAGAGAGCACCGUAGAGACCCGCAGAAUACAACUGCUCCCCCAGCUCAGCCGACCCCAGAUCCCACUGACAUCAAACCAUCUGAGCUCGACCCAGUUUCACCCACCAUAAUCAACGCUGAGAGCCCACAUGAAUCUAAGGCUGCCAGUACCCACACCACCGCUCCUGCAGCCGGCAAUGGGUCACCCUCUGUGGUGCCCUUGGUGUCACCAGGCGUCUCACUACUCUCUGUUCCGGCCCCAGCCAGCGCGUCCCCCAGCGCAGCAGCUCCGGUCAACCUCACCACGUGGACAUACAACUACACCGUUGAUCGCAACAGCCCCAUGUUUCCUUUGGCGUGGAUUCGGCUGCCUCCUGAGAAUAGCUCGCAAUCCUCGGAGACGACGUCUAGGCCACAGCUAGGUGCAACUGGCUUGGGCGGUGUGGGUUUUUCAGAGGCAUUCUCUCCAACGAGCUCUGCCGUACCUCAGCCACCGACCUCCCUCGCACCUCAGGAAAACCAGAUAGUCAAUCGUCACGCCCGCCGCCAAGUGUCGCAGUCCGAAGCUGUUUCCAACUCUACUUUUUCCUUCACAGGAACCGGUGUCACCGUCAAAGGUGAAGGCUCCUUCAUUCUCAAGACCGGCGACGGCACGGAGAAACGCUUCGAUGCGGCAGAAACAAACGUCACCCUUGGCCAGCGAGUGGAGGACUACACCCUUAGCUUGGACAGUCCCAACUCGACCGUCACGCAGCUUAUCGUCCACAGCAUGUCUGAAAUUGACCAGGAUGCGGGAUCGCCGUUCUGCGAGAACAUCACCCUGGCCGAGGGGAGCAAUCUUAAAUCGGCUGCAUGGCUUAUCUUGACCGGCUCUGUCAGGGUACAAGAUGGCGCUGCGAUGCUGGAAUCUGCCUCUUCCAUGACAAUCAAGCUACCCGACUCUGCUUCUCGUGUGGCGCUUUAUGGAAUCACCGACCCCUCUUUUGGUACUUACGUUGCCUCCAGCUCGGCUGUAGUUGACGGUGGUAAAAGCACCGGUUCCGCUCAGCGUGAACGAGCCGACGACGUCCUGUACUCUGAUAUUUCCUUCACUCCAAGGGCCAAGUUGUCGAACAGCCUCAUCUUGAGGAGCACGGGUGGCAGGGUGGGCGUCAACAAAUUCCAGAUUUGUUAUGCCUCGUGAGUGGUGGAAUGAAACCACUAACUGUCAGAAGGGCUCGCCCCGAUGACGCCCUCUCUUCCACCACCAGCAGCAGUGGCAGCGGCGGCGGCAAGAAAUCGAAUAUCGGAGCCAUCGUCGGCGGCGUAGUGGGUGGCCUCGCCUUCCUCAUCAUCGUAGGCGGCUUGUUCU